AUGGCUGUUGGCGCUGACCCUGCUUGUCCCAGCACCGUGUUUUUCCGCUUGGACGAGCAGGACGCCCAGCUUCCGGAAACGCGGCCAGACGGACUUAUCAUCAAUGCUUGUGACAGUGAGUCGCAAGUUGAGCCAGACGAGUUGGAGGUCCAUAAAGCGAAGCUCGAGGAAGCAAAGAGUCGUCAGCAAGUGACGGACCAUUCCGUCACGGAGCUGCUGGAGAAGCUGAACCAGCUUCCGGGAGUUUCAAGUCGCAAGAACAUAUCCUUGCAGACGCCAAAUCCAUCGGGCCGCGUCGAGGAACGGCAUUCUGGCGUAUCCGAUGGGCCCACCAACGCGCUCCAGGAGGCAGCAGGACAGCAGGAUGCCGAGGAUGCUGAUGUGCCGAAGAGAAGGAGUUGUGAAUGGCAGCUGCAGUCGGGCCUGUCGGGCCUCGCGAGCUUGCCGGGUUUGGUGCAAGAAGAAAGCAUCGAAAGCCCCUCUCGCCGAUUUCAGCGAGCAGCUCGCCAAGUAGUACGAGGAAAUAGACAAGGCACCAGCUCCAAGGCUGGAAAGGGCCAAGCUCCCUGCUUCGCGGCCGUCGUGGCCGCUGCUGUGGCAGCCAGGAAUGCCCAACAAGCUGGUGCUCAAGUUUUCCACACGCCGAGGGAAAAGACAGAAGAAGCCGAGACAUUGAAGGCGAGCAGAGAAGAUCUUGGCUCUCACGCCGGGAAUGUCACGAGCGCAAGCUUGGAAUUCCACACUCCGAGGGGCUCCCUGACGCCCGUUACCACCCCUCGCGCAUGUGGGGGACCUCAGGCGAGGGGUUGUCUUGGAGGCGGCUUGACAAGCCCCAUCCGUAGCGCACCCCGCAGCGCCUCGCCCUCUGUGAGAGCUGCGUCUCCGGAGUGGACGCAGAGAGGUUUAGCAGACCGGAGCUUGUCUCCAAGGACGCCCCGAGCUUCAUCAUUGAGUGGCAGUCCAGCAAAUGGAUCGCUGCUGGUGCGAGGACGUCGACAAGGCAUUUCAGAAGAAGCGCCUGUGGAGGAAGCAUGGCAUGGAUGGACGUUGCAGUGCACGCCAGGUGGACGUUUCUUCCAUCACCACAUGGCCUCGGGCACCACCCAGUGGGAGACACCUCCGGAGCUGAUAGACGUGCUGGGAGAGUGGCAGGAGGUGGGAGAUCCAGGUGCCAGGUACUGGCACAAUGCCAAGCUGGAAACCAGCUGCUGGAAGGACCCACGCAACUGCAGCAGCAUACACGAGGCUGCCCUGGACGGAAACAUGGCCUACUUGCUCCUUUAUGCUAUGGCCAAGGGCUUCGUCGAUGCCGUGAAUCUCAAGGGCCGGUCAGCCCUCCACAACGCCGCAGCGGCUGGGCAGGACGAGGUUAUAGUUCACCUGCUUCACCAGAAGGCGGAUGUGAACUUGCCAGACCAGGGCCUCUCCACGCCGUUACACUGGGCCUGCCGCUACGGCCACCAGACGGCGGUGCAGCUUCUCUUACAGGCUGGCGCAAAUGUGGACGGCGGCAACAUGUUGGGCGAUACACCUUUGCACGAGGCCGCCGGUCUGGGUCAGGUCAGUGUCCUCCCGGUGCUGACUGCCGCGUAUGCCAACCCGUGGGCCCGCAACGCCGAGAAGCGCACAGCCGCAGAAGUUGCCGGAGUACGCGGCUGGGCCCAGGCACGUGCUAUGUUGAUGGACUACGAGCGCAUGUGGGCGGACCGUGAAGACCCAGACUCUCAUCAGGUGCAGGCCCAACCACUCGGAGGUGGGAGUCCGCCCGCCUCUUUGAACUCGCGCUUGCUGUUUCAGGUUGGAAUACGCCGGCAUGACAUACAGGAUGACGGAGUACGGCGUUUGUUGAGAUGGAGGACACCGGGGAUAAAGCCAGAGGUGGGAGGUGGCCUAGCAUGUUCUUGCUGCGAACUGCAGGAUACUCAUCAUCUCGAUUUGCACUGGCCUUAUGGCUGCGAGCUGCUUCCUCCUGGGCUCGCUCUUCGGGUCGCUCAGGGAGGAGCAUGGAUGGGCACCGCAAGUUCUGGACUUCACGAACUUUCUGGGCAUCCUUGUGCUGUUCAUAGGCAUGGCGGGCGCUGGAUGCGUGACCUUGAGGCUUACGUCUUCCGACGAGGACUCUGCGCUAUCAGAGACUCAACUGCGUGUGUGGGCCAGCAUGCCCUUUUGUGCCUUCGCUUCAAGCAAAUGUCAGCUUUAGGUGCCCAUAUGGCAAAGGGCAAGCGCUCUCCACGAAAAGGUGCCCACAUGGAACACUCGGUGUUCCCGUGGCCUUCAGUAAACAUGUUCCGAGCCCAUGCCUCUCGCUCCUUCGUUGAGUACUGCUCCUACUCGUCCUGCUGCUGCUAG